UGCACAACCCAUCUGUCCUUGAAGCCACAAAGCAGACAAGAUGGUCGCAUACUGGAGACAGGCAGGCUUAAGCUACAUCCGCUUCUCAUCUAUCUGCGCAAGCGCGGUGCGAGCUGCUAUGAAACCGCAGGUCAGAGCCGAGGCUGUGAAGGCCGCAGAAGCCAACGUCAAAGUCCUCAAACCGAAAAAAUAGCUGCAUGAUUUGAGAUCGUGAUGUAGAUAGUUUUUCCCUGAGUUGUGAGGUCCUGUCACUCUCCUGUCCUGCUAACCAUGGAGAAGAAAACAAGAUGGAUAACAUCAAUAUAAUAUGUUAAAGUCUGGGGGGACCUCAAUGAUGAAAUUGCUGUUUUCCCCCUUAAAUUUGUAAAGAAAAUUGUAUUAAAGAUGAAUAUCGGAAAUACA